AUGGCAAAGAAUACAUCAGCAGAUGGAGUUGAUGGACAAAUGGAAGAAGAGAGGAAGCAGGAAGGACUCGAGACAACACCAGUGAAAUCUCCAGAGAAAGAAACCUCUCUGGGGUCAGGGAGUACCAAUGGAACUGAUAGCCCAGUGGCAGACGGAUCUGGUAACCCCACGCCUGAAGAUGAAAGCGGAGUACCCACUGGUUCGGAGGAAAGUCAGGAAUCUGAGACUAGCCGCCUGAUUACCUGUACGUUCUCAGUCUCGUUGGCUGUUCCACUUUCCCUUACAAGGAAGUCUUGGUCUUCCUCAGGACAAGAUAUCUCAAGAACAGCAUCUAAAGUGAGAGAAGGAGUAAUUCCAAGAAUGCAUCGUUUUUAUCAUAUGGAGUAUUUUCUUCUACCAGAUGACACAGAGCCUCGAAAAUUAGAUUUGGUGUUGUUUGGUUCAGUGGCUAAGUUAUUUCUGGACAGUGAAUCUAAGGUUGUGAAACCGUGGCUUGAAAAUGACCAAGUAUGGGUGUCAUGGAGUCAUAUUAUUGAAAUUAAUGUUACCAAUGACUUUCUAGUAAAGCUGAGAGAUCACAAAAUAAAGCUGAGAUUAUGGGAUAGCAGGGACAAGCUAUGUACAAGAGCCAAGUUUUGUAAACCACCAAAGGGAAUUGGAGCGUCACCUGAUGUUGAUGGUUGGGUAAAAAAUGUGGUUUUGUUUCAAAGAGAAAACCUAAAACGCACGCAACCAAAACCCAGUUACACAAAAGUUAGAACUGCAAAAGUAUCUACUGUACAAGAAAAAUCAGCAGUCAGUGCUAUGCCAGGUCGUAAUGGAAACAAAUGUCACUGCAAUGUUUCCAUCUUUCUUGUUGCCAGUCACUUUUAUUUUGUUGCUCUUUGUAAUGACAAAGAAAUAUGUAUGAAUAUCAGGUGUCUGUCAGGUCUUAUUUCAGCCACCAGCAAAGACCAGGUAGAAGAAAGUGAAGCUGUUGAAGUACUGACGUCUGCUGUUAGAAUUGCUUCCUCACCAUGUGUCUCAAAGUCUGAAGAGUUUCGUACUUUAAGUCUCAUUAGUAUUUCUGGAAGCAUACCCUCUUCUCUUCGAGAAAGAACUCUCCGGGAGGCUAAACAAAUAAAGCAGAAAUACAGUUCUACUAAAAUAUCUAAACAAACAAAUUCACCAAAGUCUGAUUUGAAGAAGAAUGAAGAACAAGGAUCCAAGAGGGACAAAAAAAAUUCUCUAACCGUUCAAUUUCCAGAAAACAAAGGUAGACGAAAAAGCCUUCACGUUCCUGCAGAAAAGAGACCUGGAUCUCGUAAAACAUCCCCUAAAGAUUCUAGUGCACAAGCAUAUGCGAGGAAACAUGGAAUAGCAUUCAUACAGCUGGACCUCAUGCCCCUCCUGUCAGGAGAAUGUUGUGUGACCAAUCAACUGGAAGAAAAAUCCUCCAAACUGUCUAAUGUAUACGUAGGUUUUUCUUUUGAGGGGCCUCUCAUGACUCAGAAACAGAAACAAGAUUUAAAUCCGCUGAUCAUUAAAAUUUUGAGUGCAAAAUGCUUACCGGACACCCCAGUUUCAAUUGAAAAGCUGCAGCAUUGGUGUGAUCCUGUGUACUGCAAGUACACAUUCCACGACUUGCCUGCCCGUAAAACACAAGGUCGCAAUCACGGGACUGAUGUCUUCUUCAUGGACCUCAAUGUGAUUCUAGCAGGGACAAUGGAGCCUCAGGAAUUACGUGAAUACCUAAGAGGGCCACCAUUGGAGAUUGAAGUUCAUGACCGAGACAAGAAAUUAGAGGAGAUCACGAAAAAGCCUUCGUUGUUUGGAGACGAGCCAGGUGACAGCAAACUGACUCAUUUAAGCCCUAGCAGAUAUACGGUCCAGAAUUCUAUGACAGCCAAGGAAGAAAUAUGGCAUCCACAUGGGGUAGCUAAAAUCAGUCUGGCAGAAUUGUUGCUGGGUGAAAAGCACUUGAAUAUCUGUGUACCAAUUCAGUGCUGUUCAGUUCAAGAUACAAGCAUCUGCAUGGCAGAAAAUGUUAGCUGGAAGUCCAAAGCAACUGAUGGCUCUUUGCCUGCUCCACUACCAAUGGGGCAUUAUUUAGACUCAGAGGCCCAUCUUAAAGUGAGAAUUGAAAUCGCUUUACCCUUAGGUCCUGAAGAUGAAAUUGCUGACACUGGAUAUUGUCCUUACGGCUGCAUCAUCUAUAUUUUUGACUAUAAAAACAAGUCACUGCUCAGUUAUUUGCUUCAACAGAUCACAGAAAUUAACGCCAAAGCUUUCCAACUUGAUUCUUAUCCCCUACAUAUAAUUCAAAAAUCUCUUAAUACGUUAAAAUUGACUAGCAAGCUUUCUCCAGAAGAGAUUUCCCAAAUGGACAUUAUUACUGGAUUUCACGUUAUGGAUGGAUCCGUUCACCUGCUUGUUGUGGAAGGCCUGAAGGACAAAGCGCUUGAGAAGAUGUGGAAUAAAAGAAUAGAUAGAAUGCAGGAAGCUAAGACUGGAAGAUUAGAAAUAUUUUAUAACUCCCAGCUGUCUUUCCAUCAGCGACUGUAUGUAGAUCUUGAAGCAAUCUUGUAUCAUAUUCGUCUCUGCAAACCACUCUCAAGUAUCACAAAACAGCCUUUGCUGUACAUCAGGGACAUGGUUCCUCAGGCCUGCUUCCAAGCUCUGUCCAGGCUUGAUUACAUCUGCCACAGUAAGAAGUUAAGGGAUGUGGUACAUUACGAUCUGUUGCCCUCUGUAGAAAUGAUCACUUCAUUGAGCCAGGAAUUUGGGAUCCCCUUGGCUAAAGAUGACCUGCUCAUUCAGCAGCAUCCAGAAAUCGUGGAGAUAUGCCAGCAUCCAAGCUCCUUUCAGAGAAAACAAAGGAGGUGGUCCCUUUUGGAUAACCAGAAUAAAUUGUACAUGCUGAGAAAAAGGGAAAUGGAAAGUGAGGCACCACAAGACUAUAUUCAGGCUAACAUUGACAAUGUGAGCCUGCUUAGUAAGAUGAUGCAAAAUGAGACCCCUAGUGUUAUUAGAGCUUGCCCUUCUGAUGGCAAGUCCAUCUUUAACUACAGCAUUCAGAAAUUGAAUUCUGCAGAAAUUGCAAAGCACCUGCUUCGUCAAGAGAUGGCACAGGCACCAGGAAAAAGGUAUGCUUAUUCUCACAACUAUCUCUCUGGCAUGUUUGACCCAGUGGAUAAAGAUAGUACAAGAAAGGACUCCUUUGCCCUUUCAAAGAAGAAAUGGCUGACAUCCGAAGGGUUUGUAUUUCCUGGCUUUAAGAGCAGUUUCGAAUCCAACAUGCAUUGUCAUAUGCCUGAUGAGGCGCGAUUAGAGGAGCUAACAGAGAAAUGGGAAGAGAACAUUCUUCACAGAAGCAUUUUGAAGCCAGUGCUGGAUCGUGACAGGUGGACUUGGGACAAACGGAAACUUGAUUUUGACCUUUACACAAAGCCUUCAUAUUCCUUUGUGGGCCUUGACACCUACGUCAUUGAGCAUCAAAAGGAUGCACGUUGCAACACAGGACUCAGAGUUCACAGGUGCUGUCCAGAAACUGAGCUCAUCUCCAGAGGACCAAAAGCCAGCUGCCAGCUAGCCCGCAUCCAAGGCCUCCUCAAGGAUAAACCGAUGAAAUUGGCCUUGAAGAGCCAUGUCAGAGGGAUACAGGAUAUACCAGCUGUGGGAAGUUUAGUCAGGGCAGACAGUGACAUCUGCAGAGGAUUCAUCCCUGGCAGUGAUGAUUUUCACAGCUUGAAGUGGAAUGGAAAUAUAAUUCCCUGCCAUGACAGGGAACACAGUAUGUUUAAAACUUUGAAAGGAGCAGACUUCAGAUUGAAUUGUCAUAACCAUUCAUUUAACUACCAGAGGAAAUCUCUACAGAGAUGGUUUUUGAAGAACGAAAUGUUGACAUCAGGUGAAAAGCAGGAGGAAGGUAAACUGGGGAGGUACAGUCAAGUUGCAGUAAAGUCAGUGAUACUGUGCGUACAAAAUUCACAUGAGCAGUCAUCUGUGCCUUGA